AUCUAGAAGCCUUCAUAUCCGUUUCAUGGCGACUGACUAGGUAUCAACAAACUAUAAGCGCUGAGUUCAGAGCUCCCACUCCUCCGAAGUUGGUCUCUGUUCAUCUCCCACUUUGAUAUUAAGCUUUGCGUUACCUCGUCCCCACCCCCAUACACGCCGAGAGCAUAUAUGCUGCCCGAUUUUGAUAUUCCUUCCGUACCGGCGACAAUCCACUUUACUCUUGACCUAACAGCUACAACUACAUGUGGAAUUCUUGGAGCUCCCAGCACGAUUCCAGGCUUGAACAAAGAAAAAUUUGCGGCCUGCUCAAUAAACUGAACGUGACAAACUUCGACUCCGUUUCUACUAAGUUGAUCGAGCGUCUUACGGAUUGUGGACGGCGCGGUUGCGCAGAGAUCAUCGAAGCCUUUGCUGUCUCGAUUGCACUACGUGCAGUAGAGGAUACCCAACGCUCCUCGCUCUACGCCUAUCUUUGCAAAAGAGUUGACAGAGAGCUUGAGAUGGAAGACAGGCGGUGGACAUGGCUCAACGAUGGCACACGACAAUUAUCACAUCCAUCAUUCGCCAGUAUUCUUAUCGAGGCUUGUGAAAGCAGAUUCACGCAAGCCCUAGAUGAGCAGGCACCACAUCUGUUCCCCUUGAUCGAAUUCAUAGGGGAUUUAUUGUUGGAUGGUGUUUUGCCCAUCGCCGACGUUCAAGACCUGGUGCAACAGCUCUUUAGCCUGGCAGAACAAGGCCAGGAAGGUAGUGCCAUCGCGCUGAGCAGGCUCUGCCGCAGAGUUGCUCGAGAGCAAGAAGGAAUGCACAUUCUAGAGCAAUUAGGUGCUUCAGGUAGCAUCGAGAGAGUGCUGGAGGAAGAUAUCAUCACGCCAAAAGCUCGUUACCUUCUGAUGGCUGUGGUGGACUUGUUCCACCAGGAGCUUGUAGACGUCUUUGACUCAGCGGCGCUUAGAAACGAGAUUUACAAUCUUGAUGACGAUGAGCAGGAAGUCUCAUCAGAACUCGAUUCGACACUAACGGAUGUCGAUGAUUUACCUCCUUCGAAGACAACUACCUGUGAGUCGGAGGACCAAGUGGAGAUUUCCAAGCUGGACGCAGAGUGAGCAGAGGUUAACAUGUGUCCCGCAUUCGCUCCACCCGGAAGGUCAUUGGACAGCUCUGAACAUGCGAUUGAACGGAGAUA